AUGGCUUCUAAUGCCUCAUCAAGCGAUUUUCUGGACGAUAGGGAGCAGGUUACAGAGCAGGUGCGGGGGGCGGCGGUGCUGGCAGCGGCCGACACGGUGUCAACUACCGCCUCACAGCAACUGAUGCAGGAGUUGAGCCAAGGCGCGCUGUUUACCAUGUCCAAGACGGAGCAGCUCGAGCAGCUGAAGUUCUGCCAGGAGAACCAGCACUCGCCGAGCGACACGCAGCUGCAGGCGGCCGGCUUUGCAUACGUACGCGCAGACGGCAUCCAGCCGGGACUGGGGGCAGUGGCAGCACCAGGCCACAAUGUUAGCAUGUGGGUCUACCAAGGGACUAGCAAGCAUCAUGAUAUUGUCAGCAGCUCAAUUGAGCAGGGCGGCGCCUGGGAGCCACACGAGACGCGCGAGGUAGUGACCAAACUGGAGCGAUUCCAGCAGGCCCGGGGAUUGAGCAAGGAACAAGUCUACUUCAUCGAUAUCGGAGCCAAUGUCGGGUAUUUCACGGUCAACGCCGCCGCGCUCGGCUACAGCGUCAUUGCUUUCGAGGCCACAACACCCAAUGCGUUUGCAAUACGGCAGACGCUGUGCAGCAACCCCCAGCUCCAGAAGCGCGUUGCCCUGGUCAACAAGGGCUUGAGUGACGCGAUCGAGCGUUGCGCUGUUGUUGCCGCAUCCGACAACGUGGGGGAUGGUCACGUCGAGUGCAACAAAGAUGCCGCUGACCUGGCUGCAUCUGGGUUGGUUGUGCACGGACAGUUUGAUCUUAUCACGCUGGACAGUUAUGUUGAGGGCCACCUCGAGGCGCUGCGCCAGAAAGUUGGCGUCGUUAAGAUUGAUGUUGAGGGAUUUGAAGACAAGAAAGAACUGGAGCAGUUCAGGGGGCCAUAA